AUGGCCGGUAGGAACAAACCAACCAGCCUGCACACAACUGCUCGCCGUUUAGUUCGCUCUAUACGUGUACACGCUGGACGAUUCCUUUCCCUGUGUUUGUUAUACUUGUUCAGCUUGUAUGUUCGAGAAUUCCUGGCACGAUUCUCUCGACCGUUUGCAUUAAAACGUAAAGAAUCUUUGCCGCACUCUUCUACUGUUAUGUGUUAUAUUAUAUUAUAUAUUACUGCUGCUGCUACUCCGAACCUCGACGGACUUCCUCACGAUGAUUUUAAAUGUAAAAUUUUGGUUCUAAAUUUCAAAGAGGAAAAAAAUUCAAAGGCGCCCAGUAGCCUAUCGGAUCCGGCCCUUGCUUACCAAAGUAUUGGACCGGGUUCGAGUCCGGCGUACACCAAUGAAUAUUUUCAAUAUUUAAGUGUAUUAUUCUUCUCACCCCAAGAAAUAAAACGAGUUCUAAUCUCAAAAGUUUACCCCCUACCGUAG